AUGCGUUGGCUACGACGAUCAUCUGAGACACCUCAACUGUUGGGUCUCUCGCCUUUGAAAUCCGAAGAUUCUUUGUCAGUCAGCACCAUCAGCAUCAACUCCAUUGAUCAGCAUCAAACUCCACAGCGAAAUGAGACGCCGUCAGAUGAUUUCAGAAAUGUGACACUGUCAAGAAAGUCGAGAAUUGAAAGUGUUGAUGACUCUCAACUUUUACUUAUGCUAAUUUAA